AAUGCAAAUUCAAAGUACAUGAUUUGCAACAAUAGAGCAUAACCACAUAAACUUCCAACUUUAUCACUCUUUUCCCAUAUCUUCUUCAAGCUACCCAUGCCUAUAUCUCACUAUAUAAUAUAUUAUAGAUCCCAUAUUUAAUGCUCCAUUAAGCUCUAAGCUCUAAGACACUAUAUAUGAUCUAUCCAACCUCCAUACAACCAACACAUACAAACAACACAAUAUCUCUCUCCUUCACACACAUAUACAUAUAUCGAUAUUAAGAAGAUGAAUGGAAAAGCUAUGAAAUCAUGGAUCAAAAAGUGGAAAAAGAUUAACGAUGGAGGACUCGUACCUUCAUCUGCAAGCUGUGAUAAGUGUUGCCAAUGGGCAUUCAGUUGGCCAUCAGCAUGCACGCAUGAAGAAGAGGAAUCUUCGAUUCCAAGAGACGUUCCGAAGGGUCAUAUGGUGGUUUACGUUGGGAAAAACCAAAGGAGGUUUGUGAUCAAGGUGAAAUUACUAAAACACCCUUUGUUCAGUGCGUUGUUGGAUCAAGCUCGUGAAGAAUAUGACUUCACUACUGAUUCCAGACUCAGUAUUCCUUGUGAUGAAGAAGUUUUCCUCAGUGUAGUUAGGUGUGCCACGUCUCCACAAGAACGACGAAUUCCUCUCUGCCUUUGACUUUCCUUCAGUCGAACAAAUUGUUCCUGCAAUAUUAUUAUAUAUAUUCAUGUAAAGAGAAAAUUUAAUAUUGUAUGUGAUUGACGUUAACAAUGGAGUCUAAUGUGAGAAAUGAAACCUGUUUUUUGUACGGAUAA